AUGGAUUCGACCCGUCGCCCUCCACCCAUCAGGUCUGAUUGUACUUGUAAGAGCAUGCGAUUCGGGCAACAUAGGAUGAACCAGUUGAGUCGCGAAAUAUUCAAUAUUGCCAUCACUACGCGGCCUUCUCUCCCGUCUGACCUGAAAUAUGUCGGCAAACAAACAAAGCUUUUCAACUAUGAGAUAUCGGCACAGAUUUGUUCCGGCAUGAACGCGGCGGCAGAUAUCGCGCCGGAAGAGCUAGACAGCGACUCAGAGGAAGACCCGGGUUUCGGUGAGCAGUGGGUGGUUGACACUAAGAUGAAGGGGAAGAGGAGGAAUAGGAGGUCACCUCACCACAGCUCGCCUGAGGUAGCUGGACCACCAUUCCCUCUACAUAUUGGAGCCGAACGCGGGGGGUCAUUUAUACAAGGAGAGCGUUUUGCCAGCGACGGGAGCAUUGUCAUUCCGCAGUUGAUCCGUUGGUGGAUGAAUCCGCCUGACACAGGAACGGCACUCAUCCAAGACAUUCUUCGCGAGUUCGAUGUUUAUCUCCAUCAUCAACAGGAAAGCUUCAGGGCCGUAACUAAACUUUAG